GUUAAUGUAUUCGAAUAAUUUUUGUGUAUGCGUAAUGCACAUAUUUGAAAAAGAAAAACAUUUGCCAUUUUGGUGGACUCGCAUGUAGAAGUCUAGGUAAAAUAAUUUCAUUUAUAGGUUCUUAUCUAGCGUAUGUAUUAAUAAGUUAAUAUUUUCUAAAUACUUUAUUCAAUACAUGUGCUCUACAUUUUGGUAGAGUGCACAGAAAUUACUUCAUAUAUUUAUUAUUUAACUAGACAUGUUAUUUUGUUUAAUUGUUAUUUUUUUUUUUGGCGAAAAAAAAAAUCAACCCAAAUCCGUUCGACUUACGUUUGACCAAAUUUUCGAUAAAUCGAACUUCCUUCGAUCAAUUUUUUUUUGACGAAAGUUCUUUCAAACAAAUUUCUGGUAAAGUUUUUCUGUAUAUGUGCAAGUCUGCGUGUGGUCACUGCUGUAUAAAUUUAGAUGCAUAUGCAUACUGGGGCAUUAGUUUCUGCAUAUGCCAAAUUAAAUUAUUGGGGGGGGGAAUAUAUGUAUUUGAUUUUUUUAUUAUUGAUUCACAUUUCUACAAAUUGAUGCAAGUAGGAUGACUUAUGUCUGCUUCCAGUGUCAACUACUUGUUUCUACUAAUAACGAUACUUUGUAGAUGGUGUCGGUUGGUGUCGAGCACGAGCUCAUAAUAACCCCUGGCACCUCCCAGCCCCCCCCCCCCCCCCCCCCCCCCCCCCCCCCCCCCCCCCCCCCCCCCCCCCCCCCCCCCGCCAGACCCUGCGGAAGAACGCCGGGAACCUCCCCCUGGCCAGGGGACAUUCAAUCGACUGAAAACACUGAGUUUAAAGCGUUCGUUGUCCUCUCUCCUUGGGUCAGAACGUUUUUUUUUCCUCUCUGUGGGAAGGCGUUGCCUUACCUCCUUCCAUCAUCCAGGGAGUUUUCCGGUCAGGACGAAGGCUGGGACGAAACGAUCGCCUAGGAUCAGCUUACUUAGGGCCGCGUAGUUAAAAUCAUUGGCAAGGGCUUUAACCGCCACCCAGGCAUAAUAUCCAUUAACGGAAACAAUUAAUCAUGUCAUUGCGUAAACCUUGUAUUUUCUACUAAAUGUGUUAAUCCAUCACCUCAUUUCACACACGGUAAUACGUCGUACUAGUAUUGAAUCAACGUGAUGGUUUAUCUCAAUAAAUGUAACUUUGGUGUGUAAAUAUAUACACAAGCUGUAAUUUUAUAAACACAUGCAUAUAUCAAAGCUGGCUAUCCAACAGAAUAAUACACAUCAUAUUUUCACAAAGUUCUUUUUACGACAGCCAUACGAUUAAAACGUACGUCAAAAGCAGAUUAGACAAUACGUCAUAAUGAGCAUAAAAAAUGCGCAACAAAGCCAAGCGCGGGAAUAGCGUUCAACAACUUUAAAAAGACUCCCAAACACACACAACGAGUAAUAACAAAUAGUAUUGUUGCAACAAUUAUUAUUGCACUCCCAUGCUCGACAUAUCCCACUCUUCCAAGUCAGACAUUCACACACAAAAAUUCACAUGAUCAUUAUCAAUUAUAAACCUUCACAUAAACGAAAUGGUCUAAGCUAAACAAAAUUAUUCAGGAGCCCUUAAAAUCUAGCAGUUUUACGAUACACAACAAUCAAUAAAAGUCGUACAUAAUUUAAUUAAUAUGAAAGAUUUUAAAUUUCAUGUAAGACACUAUAUAAAAAAAUCAGUGCGAUGAAUUUCAACUUUUCCUUUUCAUACCAAGGAUAUUAAGCCAAUACACUUAAUGCCAUUUAUCUCCCAUAGCAGGGUAUUUACAUCAAUAUCAUUAACUAAUUUGUAACUAUCACUAAAAUAAUUGAUCAUCACUAGAAAAACACAAAAGUAUCUAACAUUAUUACAGAAGAGAGAUGCUUAACCACAAUAUAAGCAGACUUUUUUUACUCUUAUAUGAAAUAUGUCCAGAGGGUGGGACAUUUCUUUGCCUUUAGAAUUAACCAAUUUAGUUUUACAGUACAUAUUUUUAAAUUUUUACAAAAUGAAAAUCGAGUCUCCUCAAACGGAUUAUACAAAUAAAAAUAGUCAGAGCAAUCAUGGUAUUAUCUCAUUUGAACAGAAUCGUUAUUAACAACAACAGAAAAAAAAAAAACAACAAAAAAACAACAACUUCCAACUCAUUGAGUUAAAACCCCACUACAUUUACACAAUCGUAAACAUGUGCAUUUUAGAGCUGCGGUGCUCUCCUUAACUGAUUCAUUUAUUUCCAUCUUAAUGUAAAAGCACUCCUGACACUCAAAAACUGGACAUCUUUGAUUCACCUAACCUUGUGAUUUAUUUUAAUUACAGCUAUCUGUAUCAAAAUGAAGAUUUGAACAACCCGGGCUCACAUUACCUAGUGUUUGGUUUUUAUUACAGAUUUCUGUAACAACUAAACAUUUGAGAGAACUUUUCUCACAUUACCUAAGAAUGUAUUUUCUUUAAAGUUCUCUGCCAUAAAAUCAACAUUUGCUCACAUUACCCAUCAAUACAGCUCUCUAUAACACUAGACACUUUUUAGCAAUCCCUGCUCAUAACAUCUUGUGAUCCAUUUUCAUUGUAGAUAUAUGCAAAAAAAUCAAAACCUGAGCAACCCUUGCUCACAUUACAUACUAAAUCAUAUUUAUUAAAUUUCUCUAUAGUAAUAACAUUUGAACCAACUUUGAUCACAUUAUCUGAUGACUGAUUUGCAUCAUACAUUGAAUCAACAACAAUUGUGUCUCCUUCCCAAACCUCAGGGAUUACACUCACAUCUUCAAACUCACAAAAAAAUCAGAUAAUUUAACUCUAGCCGUACAUUUCGCCACGGUCAUUAAAAUAAUAUGCAUGUCUCUCUCAAAUGAUUUACAUUAGUUCUGACUCGAUUUCCGCCAAACAUUUUUCAUCAUCAAGUUUAUCCAAGUCAUAGUGUCUGUGUACAUCUUUAAGUUUGUACUGUCUAUUUUUGUUUGGCUGUAUGUUCUACAUAGAUAUGUUUAGCUACACGUUCUUGCUCUCUCUGUUUAUGUAUUCGUUCAAACUCUAUUUGUUUAGAUAUACGUUCUGGCUGUCUUUGUUUAGCAACAUAUUUUACAUAUCUGUGCUUAGUUAUGCGUUCUUGCUCUCUCUGUUUAGCUAUACUUUCUUGCUCUCUUUGUUUAGCUUUACCUUCUACAUAUCUCGGUUUAACUAUACGUUCUAGUAUAUUUGUUUAGCUAUACGUUAUAGCUCUCUUUGUUUAGCUUCAUGUUCUAGCUCUUUCUGUUUAGCUAUACUUUCUAACUCUCUCUCUCUCUCUGUUUAGCUAUACGUUCUGUCUGUCUGUCUCUCUCUCUCUCUCUGUUUAGCUAUACGUUCUAGCUCUCUCUCUGUUUAGCCAUACGUUCUAAAUAUCUUAGUUUUUCUGUACCCUCUUGCUGUCUCGGUUUUUUCCCACAUUCUUUUGCAAAUUCCACAACUUCGUAUCCUUGAUAACAUAGUUAUAUACCCCGAUGCUAAAAUUCUUCUUAAGUCCAUUUUCUUAUUAACAUAUUUCCGCCAUAGUAAUACACAUUAGGGAUCAGCAUAUAGUGGGGGAAAAAACAAAAACCUCUAGUUUAGGAUCAAUCUUAGUCUGUUUAAACCAAUUCUGGCAACAAGUUAAAUACUAUCAGUGUAAAGAAGAUUAAUAUAUUAUGUUUACGAAAAUAUACAUACAAAAUAUUUUAAAAAAUUAUAACCCAAUGUACCUGGUUUUUGGAAUGUUAUACAGGAAUUUAAAUUAUGCUUUUAUAAAAAAACACUGGGGCUUAAUUGUCAGUGGUUGUUAAGCUAAGUGCCACUAGUUCUCUCACAAACAUAAUGCUAUUGGGAGAAAAUUCACGGGACACAGAUAUUAGGGUGUAGGUAACCGGAACAGCUCACUGGAAAUGAUGUAGGCCACUCACCGAAAAUGUAAAAUUCGUGGAUAGCUCACAAGCUUUUGAUCGGGCAUAGGCAGAUUGGUGUAGAACGGGACGUUUAUGGCUCGUAAUACAGAACAGUGGGCAGGUUGAUGGUAACUUGGGCAAAUCACAGGACACAGUGGCGGGUUUCAGGUGAAUAGACAGGGAUACAAGAUGUCGACGACCCACUGGACAUAAUACAAGAUGUAAGCAAUCGCUGACAUUACAGCCCAUAUGCAGCUUUAUAUUGCACAGUGUGUAGGUGGCUCGCUGCAGGAGGACAUGGCGUUGGUAAAUGGAUACAGGGCAGGACGUCGUUAAACUGAUAAAGAAUGGGACUAAGAUGCAUCACUCGAACUGGAGAAAAUGUUGCAACUCAUUACAGGCAGAACAUAGUUAUCUUGCUACAGGCAGGGCCUAGUUAUUUCACUGAAACUGAACACGAGUUGGCAUCUUGAUACAGUUAACUUGCUACAGAGAAAGAUUAAGUUCAUUCACUAAAACUUAACAGGACGUUUGCAACUUCAUUACGGACAGGGCGUAUUUAAUUAACUAGAACUCGACACGAAGUUGGGAACCUAUAAUGGAGAGGACGUUAUUAACCUGAUACAGGUCAAGGCGUAGUUAAUGAUAUACAUGGCAAGACGUAACUAACCUGAUUUAAGAGUUAGGUAGCUGAUGGAGUCACUAGCGUAUGUAACUCGUAUAAACUUGAUACACGGUGGUAGUGGGACUCCGACUAUGAAACACAUGGACAUGCGACGGUAAUUGUAAGGUCACCGAUUUAGGGUUAGGGUUAGGGUUAGGUUAGGGUUAGGGUUAGGGUUAGGGUUAAGGUUAGGGUUUAGGGUUAGGGGUUAGGUUUAGGGUUAGGGUUUUUACAUAAAAAUAUCAUUUACUUUUCCUCUAAGUAAAAAAAAAUAACGAGGUUUACCUAUCAGGCACGUAUUAUCCCUACCAAUAUCAUUAAGGUUUAGGUGGCCGGACAUGGCCACGGCACAUCGCAAGUUUACCGGACUCUAGGCAAGAUAUAUGAGCUAGUAUUGAAUCAACUUAAGUCGUAUAUCACAAUAAAUGUAACUUAAUUACCUACUUAUAUACGCAAGCUAUAAAUUUCAUGAACACAUGCAUGUAGCGCAGCUCGCUAUGAGACAGAAAUAAAACACAUUCUACUUUCUUAAAGUUCAAUCCACAACUCCGGACCAAUAAAACGUACGUCACAAAACUGACUAGACAUUACCUUAUAAAGAGCAAUACAAUACGUCACCAAGUAAAGCAGAGGAAGAGCGUAUAUUAACUAAUAAAACACGCAAACACACAACGCGGGUUAUGAAACAUACUAUUUAGUCUAUACAUUUAUUGUUGCAUUCCCAUGCUCGACACCCAGCCAUCAAGUUAUUAAGCAUUAUUAAAGUUAAUGGUGAGCUCACCAUUUACAAAAAAAACACCUAAAAUCACAUACCAACCAGCUUCUCGAAGCCCUUAUGUUGAGCCCAACAUCCAAGUAUAUGGCGAAAGCCUUAAUGUGGUGAAAGGUUUUUCCUAUCUCGGCAGCACACUGUCCCAAAGUGCAACUAUCGAUGACGAGGUUAACCUCCGUAUUGCGAGAGGCAGUGCAACCUUUGGAAGAAUGACUAAGAACAUUUGGACAAGGAGAGAUAUCAACACUCAAACAAAACUGAAGGUGUAUCAGGUUGGUGUUCUCCCUACGCUUCUCUAUGUCUGUGAAACGUGGACGGUCUACAACGCUAUGCAAGAAUUGCUGGACCACUUUCAUACAACAAGACUCAGAAAAAUCAGUAACAUUAAAUGGCAGGACUGGGUCUCAGUGACUGAGGUUAUCACACGGGCAAAUCUCCCCAGCAUCUUCACAAUCUUGAUGAAGUCCCAGCUUCGCUGGGUUGGACAUAUUGUAAGAGUGUCAGAUGACCGUAUGCCCAAAAUGAAUUGUCUACGCUGAGUUUGAACAAGGAAAACGGUUUGCUGGCAGACAAAAAACGCUUUAAAGACAACAUAAAAGCCUCACUGAAAGCGUUCAUUUUAAAUCCAGACACGUGGGAGGAAACGGCAAAGAAUUGAACUUCAUGACGUUUCACUUUGCACAGGAGCUCCAUGCAACAAGAAGUUGGCAAAGCAGCGGAUGCAGAGCACAAGAGACACGUCGGGAAGGCCUGGUAUGACUCUGCUCACGGAGAUGUGCCAUCAUUCCCCAGCACCUACUGCACAAGAUAAUUUUUUGAAAAAAUCGACCUCAAUACACCAUCUGUGCACCCACAGACAGAAUCAGCAUAAAUUAUGUUGAUUAAAGUGGUCAUAGUUGACUCCGCACUGACGAAAAACAGUCAUUUGUAAGAAGAGUUCCAAAUGUUUUAGUCCACGGUAUCGUUAUUCUGUCGGUAUCACUGCUUCGUCCCUUAUUAGCUUUCCACACAACUUGAUGGUGUGGUUUUUCAUAGAGUUAAGUUUAAAUAUUUGUGUUUUAUACGUAACGUUAAUUUGUGUGGAUAAAUUAAUCUAUUUUUCGACUACAUAGGUCGUGACAAACAAUAUAUAAUAAAAGUCAAUACCAUUUAUCAAACAGUAAUAAAGAAUGAUACCCAAACUGGAGUUAUUUACAUAUAAUUAAUUUAUUAAAGCAAAAGAAAAACAAACAAAAAAAAACUAUAAUUUACCACAUUUAAAACAAAAAGCAACACUACAAAAACUAAUUACAAGCAUACAAUGUCAAAGUCGUUCUACCCAUUUCAACCGUAAGCAACACAGCCAACAUGCAUUAACUGGAAAAUACGCUAGACAAUCAUCCCAGAAGGUGUUUGCGAAAUAGAUGUGUCUUUAAAUCGGUUUAAAGUGUCUGGUUGUUUCUGAGAGCGACAGGAACGGCUUUCCAAAUUAGUGGACCAGCAUAUGCGAAAGUGCGCUUUCCGUAAGUCUCAAGGCAAACACGUGGUGUCGAGAGUUUGCCACUAUCGGAUGAGCGGAGCUCUCUAGUGGGUACAUAAGGCAUCAGCAGCUCUUUCAGAUAGGACGGACACGAUUUGUCAGAUACGACCGGAACCAUCUCAAAACGUAUCAGUGAGACCGAACGUUAGUUUCAACGCUGGAGAGGUAUGCCGUGGUCAAGCGUUUGGAAAGCUGCCGAUAAAUCAAGUAAAGACAAAAUGGAUACCUGGCCCUCAUCAUAAGACGACAGAAGGUCGUUUACGACGCGCAAUAGGGCUUUCUCAGUAGAGUGAUGCGCCCUGUAUGCUGACUGGAAAAGUUCAAAUAAGUCACAUUGAAUGAGGUGAUCCAGGAGUUUGCGGAGAAUGACUUUUUCUAAGAUUUUGGAUAUAAAUGGUAGAUGUGAGAUGGGGUGAUAUUUUUCCAUCACAUUUGUAUAAAGAUUUGCUUUCUUUAAUAAUGGAGUGACAACCACUUCUUUAAAAGGUGAUGGAACAAGACCAGUAGGCAAGGACUGAAUUAUGAUAAAAGUGAUGAUGGGGAAUAUAUUAUCCAGACAUUCAUUCAAGAGCCCUGCUGGAAGUGGGUCAAGCGAACAUGACUUUCUUGGGGUAUCAGCAAGGAUUUUCCUCACACUUGAUUCAUUAACUUCAACAAAUUCACGCAUAGGAGAGUUGUUGAAGGGUGAGAAUUCUUGGGCAACAUCGAUGCAAGUGUCAAGUCUCACCCUGAUAUUUUUAGCUUUCAUAAUAAAGAAGUCAUUUAAAGAGUCUGGAAGCUCGCCUACAGCAUGUUUGGCAGAGAUGUAUGCUUGUAUUUACUAGUCAGGAGAUCCACAAUGCGAAAUAAGCCCUUGCUUGAGCUGCUGUCUAUAAUAUGAUGACUAACAUGCUCUGUCCUAGCUGCAAGGACCAACUUUUUGGUUCGUUCCCUUUGGUCAACAAAGAUUUGUCGGUGCACUGUCGAGCCCGACUUCCGCCAUUGGCUUUCUGCACGUCUCUGUUUCUGCUUCGCUUCCUUAAUUUAGGGCGUUAGCCAUGGGGCGAAAGGGCGGCCUGUAACGCGCCGUGUGGACAGUGGUGCAUGCUUGUCUAUGAUAACUCAAAGGCCAUUGUUGUAGUCUGUCACGGUUCUAUUUCAGUGACCUGAGGGCGGCAAAGUCGCAUCUGAAGGCCACUAGAUCAAUUUUUCGCUGGUUACGAGAUGUGACUGUGCGCAGAGGGCGCCCUGGCUUCCUCAAGUCUAGGUCAAAGAAUAUUGGAAAGUUAUCAGAGAUCAUUUAAUUUUCAAUAAAGAGGUUGCGGAUGACAGCUGCGCGGUCCUCUCUGACAACAAGCCAAUCCAGGAUGUGACCCCUCUUCUGUGUCGGGACAUUGACAAGCUGUAUCAUACUGUAUGUGUCAAGAGCUGAUUUCAGAGUCUUUAAAUAGCUAUCAGUGUGGAAUCAAAGUGACACUUGGUAUCACCUAUUAUGAUGACUUUGUUAAUUGUAGAGGCGUACGUGUCUAGGAGCUGUAUAAACUCAGCAGUCAACUGGGGGGUCUUCAACUUAUUUCGCUUAUUGGGAGGUGGCCUGUAUAUGCAAAGAAGCGUAAUCGCUUGGUCAUAUAAAUUAAAUUGCAUCUUGCAAAUCUCAAAUGAAAAAAACUGGUCACUAUUCUUGAGGGAGCUUCUGUAAAGAACAGUAAUACCUCCGCCACCACGAGACAGCCUUAGGAAAGAAUGAAGGGGAUAGUUCGGAGGUGUAUUUUCUUGCAGCUUGACCUCAUCUCUGACCUGCUUAAACCACGUCUCAGUAAUGAACACAAGGUCGGCCUUGCUCUUUAAAAUAAGAUCGCAAACCUCAAAUGUCUUCUUCCUGCAUGACUGGGCGUUGAAAUACAGCACCCCGAAGUGCCGUGAUUGCGGCCUCACAAAAGGCUGACAGUCGACAACUACUAGAUUUGAUUUAGUCACGCCCUGACGAGGUGGUUCGAAAUCAUGGGUCACUGGCUGUGAUCUUAGGCUUGAAACAUGGGGAGCGAGCAAGAUCAAUGAAACAGUAGGUGGCUGAUUUCUGUUGUCCUCCUCGUUACUGAAACCUUCAUCAAAUGGCUCUUCAUAACGAUCACCACCAGAAAUAAUAUUGACACUGAAGUCGCCAUGGCGGUAUUUCAGUGGACGCUGCUUACGACGACCAGCGCGAUAAAGACGCGUCUUCUUUCGCCGUUUGGCUAUUGGUUUACAUGAUACUUUUUCAGUCGCGCAGUUUAGGCAAAGCUGAAACAGUUUUUAAAUCACUUGUAAACGCUGGGAGUUAACAUAAAAAGUGUCGAAGAGCAGUAGUUAAACCUUGGUAUAGCGCAUACUGAGAGGCCUGCAAUAGUCUGGAUGUGUAACUGCGUCUCUACAGUUUUUACUCAUAGGUCUGUCUUUGAUAUUUCAAUACUGAGUGGAUGCUAACUAGAAAGUGGCGCACAUUCCGUACUUUAAACACAGUGUUCACUGGCUUAUUUACAUUAGAUAAAACAAACCCCAGCAGAUAUCUCAGGAGUCCAUUUUCCGAUUUUUAAACCAAUUAUACCACUGCACGGCCCAGAACAUUCCGAAAAUGAUGAUACCAAAAUUUCCACAUAAAAAGACAUGUUGACACAGAAACUACAAACAAUCUGCAAUAGUCCAUUUCAAGACUGUUAGGCGACAGGUGAACACGUAACACACCCCCGCCUUACAUAAUUCAGGAAGAAACCUUUCAGUGUUCCUGAAGUUGCACCGCUAUUCGUGCAUGCGAACAUCUUUACCAGAUUCAGCUUGGCGGCUGCUUGUAUAUAAUUAUUUAUAAAUAAUUAUUAUAUAUUGGUAUAUAAAUAAAAAAAUAAAUAAAUAUAUAUAUAAAUAUAUAUUACAUAUAAAUAGUUAUUUUAUAUUGGUAUAUAAAUAUAUAUAUAUAUAUAUAUCAUAUCAUAUAUAUAUAUAUAUAUAUAAAAGUGAACAUUUGUUUGUUUGUUUGUUUGUACCAUAAAAACUUUGACAUAGAUUGAUGGAUCUUUGCAUAUGUAUCCAUCAUUACCCAGAGGGAACUCUUGAAGGGUUAUGAACUUUUUAUAACAUUCCAGUUGGGGCCAAGGGCCAAGAAUUUUUUCUUUUUUCCUUAUAGGAGCUAUUGAAAUAAAAAUAAUAACAACAUUCCUACAUGAGAAAAUGGAUUUUGACCAAAUUUAGUACACAUAUACUUUAUUAUUCACAUUCAAAUGCCGAAGGGUACUGAAUUCAUAAUACCCAUUUCUCUGGGGCCGGGGGCCACAUUUUAUGUUUCCUUAUAUAAGCGAUAUAAAUAUCAAUACGCUUAAUACUCCUACAUGAAUGGAUGGAUCUUUACCAAACUUAUUACACAUACACUUGAUCAUCCAUAUUCAAAUACCGAGAGGUACUGAACUCAUAUUAUCCAUUUCUCUGGGGGCGGGGGGCCCCAGUUCAUUUUUCCUUUUGGCUAUAUGAAUAUCAAUAGGCUUUGACAAGAGUAUAGGUUCUUUGUGAAUUUGUGAAUCUCAGACUAGCUUUCUUCAUGCCUUCUUAGUCCGUAUUGAAAUAUCGGUGGAUUUAAAACUAAUAAUUUCCAAUCUAGAAUUUUCAGAAAGUUCGAUACCGUAAAAAGCUAUAACUAUGGCAUUUUAAAGUAGAUUUUAUUGGGACGAAUUUUAAAUUUUAACUCUAUUUUUAUCCGUCUGAUAUUUAUAGGCCCCCCUGUCUCUGGCAAAGUUAAAUCGGAACAGUACUGGAUUACCCCCCCCCCCCCCCCGAGCUCCAAGAUUAACUAAAAAGAAAAAAAAUUAUUAUUACGUUAUUUGUUGAAGAUUUUUAUCGUAUUAAAAAAAUUAUUAGAAAAGUAGUUUUGCACAUGCUUCGAGCAGGUUAUUAAAUUUAAUCUAUAAUGUUACAGAAAGUUCUAAAUUGUUCCACGGGGACAUAUAGUGGGAUCUAAGGGUUAAUGACAAUUUAGUUAGUUCUGUUCAUUUCUAUACUGUCCCGGAGUUCACUGAUCUCUCGGUAACACUAAGUAAUUUUUUUAUACGGGAUCCCAGGGGAUCGGGAUCCUAAUCUUGAUCUCAAAGGGAUCAGGAUCCCACCAGAAAACGGGAUCCAUACUCGAUCGGGAUUCCAACAUUAAAUGGAUCCACCGGAUCGGGGUAAAACCGGGAAACGGGACUGCGCCGGGCUUGGUGUCAGCAUGGGAUUGGGAUCCUAAGGAAAUCCCGUGCAACGCCGGGUAUAUUGGCUAAUACAUAUAUAUAUAAAUAUAUAUAUAAAAGUGAAAGUUGGUCUGUUUGUUUGUUCCAUAAAGGCUUUUACAUGGAUUGAUGGCACAUGUAUCCAUUAUGAUCAAGGAGGAACUCUUAAGUUUUUAUAACAUUCCGUUUGGGGCCUGGGGCCCUUAAUUCUUUUUUUUCCUUAUAUAAGCUAUAUAAAUAAAAUUAAAAACAAAUACCCCUUCAUGAGUAGAUUGAUCUUGAGCAAAUUUUGUACACACGAACUUGAUUAUCCAUACUAAAAAACCCAGGGGUAAUGAUCUGAUAAUAUCCAUCCCUCUGGGGCCAGGGAGCAGUUCAUUUUUCCUUAUAUAAGAUUUAUAAAUAUAAAUAGGAUAGACAACACUAUAGUUUCUAUGUGAAUUGAUUGAUAUAGGCCUAGCGUUGUAGUAAUACCUACAUUGUCUGUUUCUAUGUGAAUUGAUUGAUAUAGGCCUAGCGUUGUAGUAAUACCCUACAUUUUCUGUUUUGAAAUAUCGGUGGAUUUAAAACUAAUAAUAUCCAAUCUAGAUUUUUCCAGAAAUUCCAUAAUUUUAAAAAGCUAUAUCUAUGGCAUUUUUAAGUAGAUUUUAAUGGGACACAUUUGAAAUGUUAACUGUAUUUUUUAUGCGUCUGAUAUUUGUAGGGCCCCCUAUCUCAGGUAUAACUAAAUCGGUAAAGUUGAGGAUUGGGCCAACAGGGGCCCCUUGAUUAACUUAAAAGAAAAAGGAUAAUAGUUAUGGCAUUUGUUCAAGAUUUUUAUCAUAUUUUUAAAAAAGUAAUUAGAAAUGUAGUUUUUACACAACAUGUUUUUAAUUAUUGUAAAGCGCUUAGAGCUUUAAGGUAAGCGCUAUAUAAAAAUGCCUAAAUAAAUAAAUAAAUAAAUAAAUAAAAGUGAAUGUUUGUAGAUUUGUUUGUUCCACAAAGGUUUUUAAAUGGUUAGAUUGAUCUUGACCAAACCUGGCAUAUAUAUCCAUCAUUAUCCAGAAGGAACUCCUAAAUGAUUAUGGACUUUUUAUAGCAUUUAGUUUGGGGCCGGGGGCCCCAAUGUUUUGUUUUUUUGCUUAUAUGAGAGAUAUAAAUAAAAUCUUGCAACAAAUACUCCUACAUGAGUAGAUGGAUCUUGAUCAAACUUAGUACACAUACACUUUAUUAUCCAUAUUAAAAUACCAAAGUGAAGUCAUAAUAUCCAAUCCUCUUGGGCCGGAGGCCCCGUUUCAUUUUUAUUACAUAAGCUUUUUAAAUAUUAAUAUACUAAGUACUCCUAUAAUAAUAUAUGAAACUUGACCAAACUUAGUACACAUAUACUUAAUUAUCCAUAUUCAAAUACUGAAGGGUACUUAACUUAUAAUAUCCAUUCUUCUGGGGCUUGAGGCCCCAUUUCAUUUUUCCUGAUUUAAGCCAUAUAAAUAUCAAUAGGCUUAGACAACACUAUAGGUUGUAUGUGAAUUGAUCGAUAUAAGCACAUGGUAGCAGCAUUACAUUUCAUCGUUCGUAUUGCAAUAUUAUUGAAAAAUCGGUGGAUUUAAAACUAAGAAAAUCCAAUACAUGCAGGGCAAAUUUAGUAUUUUCUAGAAAGUUCGAUAGUUUAAAAAUGCGAUAUCUAUGGCAUAUUUCAGCUCAUUUUAAUGGUAAAAAAUUUAACUCUAUUAUUUACUUAAAAUGAUUUUGAUAGCCCCCCCUCCCAACCAAUCUCAGACAUAAAUAAAUCGGAACAGUCAUAGAAUGGUCACCCCCACCUCCUGUCCCUGAUUAACUUAAAUGAAAAAAAAAAAUUAAUUUUGCCAUUAGUUGAAGAUUUUUAUCGGAUUAAAAAAAUAAUUAGAAAAGUAUUCUUUACACAUGUUUCGAGCUGGUUAUUCAAUUUCUAUUUCUCUUUACCGUUGUCUCAGUCCCGCUGAAGAAUUUUUUGAUAUGGGUCGGUAUCCCAUCAUUAUCUUUAUCCCAACGGGAUCAUUAUCCCACCAGAAAACGAGAUCCCACUGGCAUUGGGAUCCUAACCUUGAAUGGAUCCAUCGGGAUCACACCAGGAAACGGGACAUGCGCCGAGAUUAGUGUCAGAAUGGGAUCGGGGUCCCAAAUGGAUCGGGGGUCACACCAGCAGAAUGGAGUCCGAAUGCAAUCCCGGGCCACGCCGGGUAUAUAGUCUAGUAUAUAUAUAUAUAUAUAUAUAUAUAUAUAUAUAUAUAUAUAUAUAUAUAUAUAUAUAUAUAUAUAUAUAUAUAUCAAUCUCAUUGAGCAUCUGGAGUCAGAUUGAAGAAAGCUUAUGUGUAUCAUCAAAGAAUAUCUAAUUUUUUAUUUUAUAAAGCCUGAUGUAAAUAAAACUUUUCCCAUCAAGAAAUAAAAUACGCUGGAAAAAAUACGAGUUUCUUCUGCUAUAAAUUUAAUUGAUAUUUGAAAAUGCAUUAUUAUUAGAUAAACUAAAAUUUUAACUGAUCAAUCGUCUUUUCCUAACCGGCGAGAAUCAUGAAACUGUUUCGUUUCUGAGAUAACCCCAUUAAGAUUUGACUCAGAAUAACGUUCUCUUCAUCAUAGAGACUGUGAGCAAGUGUUUAUCAAAUAAGGCGGCUCAUUAGCAGCAUCUUAAGUAUUAAAGGAAGGAGAAAUGUUAAAAUUGAAACAAGAAGCUGAAUCUUCUAUAUAUUAUUGGAAGUAUAAGGAAUGAUACUAUAUUCACUCACAUUCCGAUACAUGUUAAGACUGAAUUUACAAAUGAAUAACGAUUUUAACAAUUUAAAAUUAUUCGCUGAUUUUGGGCCACAAAUAAAUAUUCGGCCGUAUUAUGUAGACCAAUAAUAAAGAAGAUUCGGUCUAAUAGAGAAAGGUCAAAGAUAGUCAAUGCUCUUCAAUCAAGCAAGUGAACGAUGAUGACCGAAACAUUUACAUUAGUCAAAACAUUCCUGAUUAUAAAUUUACAAACAAAAUAUUAAAUUAAAAUAAGUUCAUACUUUGUUUUGAAGUCAAGUAUUUCCAUUUAAAUUUUGUCGAAAUUUUUCUCUUUUUCUUUAAAUUAUUGUUCAACAAUGUAAUUUCGAAACUUAACAUGUAUAAUACAAACAUUAACUGAAUCUACUUAUUUUCUUUUCUCCAAAGUAAAGAGGACGCAAAAUGUAUAAACAAUUUCUGACUAUCACCGGAUGCCUAACUACAGCCAUCUUUCUUUAUUUCUUCAGAUGUGAUGGAGGUAAAAAUUACUCAUUGGUCUUAUUAAUAACAACUUAUUUUAUGUGUAUCAUACAUAAUUUACACAAAAAAAAAACAAACUUUAAUUGUAUUUAUUUUAAAAUAAGUAGAAAUAAAGGCUAAAAUGAUAGAAUUGGGAAGCAAAAUAAUUUAUUUCCAACGAAAAUCAGUAGGUCAAAGAUGAACAUCCCAAUUUAUUUUUGAGAACAAAGAUUUAAAAUAACGUUACCCUUACAUACCAUAACAGAAAUUAAUGGAUGUCUUGCUGACAAUUUAGAAAAAAAAUAUUAAACAAUAAUUACGCUUUAUAAUUAUAAAAUGUUGUUUUGCUUGUGAAUUUUCGUGUAAACUGUCCUUGUGAAACAAAAGGCGCGAGGGUUUGAUGCUCACAAACGUAGUUAUGAAUGGUUUAAAAAUGCAAAAAAUCACUUGUUUAGUUACUAGAUGUUCAUAUUCUGAGUUUGCGUUAUUCUACGUAGCCUGCUAUAUUAUUAAAUGCCAAAUCUGUUUUUUUUUGUUUGCUUAAUCAGCCAUCAAAACAGUAACAAUGUCUUCUUUAUUUUGUUAAUAUAACAUUAUUACAUUAUAGUGUUCAGAUUUAUUAUAAUAGAAUUUAUUUUAUUUUGACCCUUUUAUGGAGUCUAAAAUAUUGAUUUUGCCUAAAGAGCUCUGUACACUUUUUAAUUUGUAUCGCAUUUAGAUUUGUCUUUAAAAAACUUAAAUUUCAUGUCUAUAUGCCAGUCCUAUCGAUAUUAAUAAAGAAGUUUUUUUUGUUGUUUUUUUAAUCCGCCUAUCAUUAUGUGAAUCACGGUUAUAAGGGUAAACUAUUUAAUUCAUUAUUAAGGAAAUAUAUAGAUUUAUAUUUAUCAAUAGACAAAUAAUUUGAUUUCAAUGGAAUAUUUUAUUGUUUCUAGUGAUUUACAAAUUUAUUCCUCGAUUUUGUCUUUUUACAUAUCUCAAUUAGAAUUUCAAAUUUAGAUUGUUAAUCAACUCAAAAUCAACCUGUAAAAACAUUCAAACAUACAUAAUAAUUAAAGCUUUGUUAAAUAACAGAUGAUGAUUAAACAUACAAAUUAGCUCAAUUUAUCACGUAAACUUCUCGUCACAUAUGAUUUUUGCCAACGUAUAUUUUCAUAUCUAAGUUUUCAAAAAUUUCUUAAGUUCAAGGCCAAUCAGUGUAUCUAGAUCCAACUUCUGUACGAAGUGUUUCUACUUGUUCAAGUGGUCUAAGAGAUGGUCUGGACUUUUAUAUAUUUAGAGGAAUUGUUGAUGCUACGACUGCCAAGAUGUCCAAUGUGGUUGAUUUUCAAGUCAGGUUGACAUAUUCAAAUAGAUUUGCAUUUGUAAGUAAUUGUAAAUAUUGUUUCCUUCAUUGUAUUAUCUUACUGACGAAAUGUCUUAGUUGAUAAUUCUACUGAAAAACGCUAGCAUUGAAAAGAAAAGAGUUAAAGAAAUAGUGGUAAUGGUUAGUUUCAAACAGUGUUUCUUUUAGGCAUCAAAAGAUGUUUAAAACAAUAAGGCGAAAACAUAAUGUAUUUAAAUUUUAUUAAUUUAAUUUGUUAUUUUUUCACUUGAAUUUUUCUAACUGAAACUUGCAAUGAAGACUAUUUACCGAUGACAAAGCAUUUUUUUCAAAUUUCAGCCCCAUCCUAUAUUUGAUUUGGUUUUUAAAGUUUUUAAUUGUAUAGAAUGAAAAGGAAAGCAACAUUUACAAAACGAAAAAUAAAUUUUCUCUGUGAACAAAUGUUCAUUCUUUAAUUGAAACAUGUAAACAUUAAUAUAUAUGUUUUUUCUAUUUUUGCGGCUCCUUUACUUUUUUAGUCAUAUUGCGUUUAUCUUAUACGAUUUUGCUUUUUAAAAAAAAAUAUUCUUCUCUUAAUAGCGCCGAGAUGCAAUUCCAAAUUAAUCUUUUUCAAACCUCUCAAGAAUUUUGACAGUUGAACUAAAUUAAAACUAAUGGAUAUUUCUUAUAACAACUUUUAAUUUGCAAAGACUACAAUAUUUCAAGUAAUAUGUCAUCUUUGAUAAAGACAUUUUUUAGAACAGCUAUGAAUACAAAAGAUUUACAUUUUUAUAUUGUCAUGAUGUAUUUAUUCUUUUAUCACGUAAAACAUUUUCUUUCUCCAUGCCACCAUGUAUUUAACAUGUAAACAUUCACUCCACCCACGACAAAUAUUAGAUUAUUACCUUAGACUGAAGAAUAGACACAUGUUUAAAUAAGCUGUUCAGUGCAUUGUAUUCUAAAUAAAUUCUUUACGCCGCAUCAUAAUCUAUACUAUGUCUAUAGCAUCUGAAUUUUUACACCAGUACACUUAUUUUGAUGGAGAAAAGUGUUUCUGAAGAUUCCUGGCAACUGGUUGGGUUAGAGUCAUAGUCUUAUAUCAUAGCAUAAGCUCUUUUUAUACUGUUUUUUUUUUUUUUGUACAAUGUGGCAUGAUUUAAUUUUACUGAAAACUAACUCCUUUUACAGUUUGCGUUGAGUCUCCCAUUAAAGCAUUUCUUUCUAUACAAUAAUGAAAAAAUAUUGCAAACAAUGAUGGACUGCACCAACAAGGAAGGUGAUAAAUUAAAAGGAAACAAAUGGCACAGCAAUGAUCCGAUCUAAAUUAAAGCAUUUACUGGCCCCUUAUACACACUGGUGCUCUUAGCUUUGACAUAAUCUCAGUGGAAUGUUUAUUCAGCCAUGUUGAUGGAAGUCCUACUUUUUGGGGGCAGUAAUUUGAAUGAAGAUUUUCAGCAAACUUCAGAUUUACAUUGGCUUUAAAAACAAAGAUACUAGAUCAAUGGUCCAUGAUAUCUUUUAUCCCGUAAUAGAUGUAUGCGAAGCUUUCCUGAGUAUUUUGGUGAGGUAUUAUGUUCUUUUAGCAACUGGAUGGUUUAGAGGUCUGUCUAGAUUUAUUCAUUAUAUGCUAAACAGACUACAAAUAUAGAAAACACAUUUUGUGGGCCUCUAAAUCGUCUUUGAGCCAUCCUCUGAGAAGCUGCCCAUAUCUCGGCAAAGAAAAUGUAAGUGCCGUGACAGAAAAAAAAAAUGUUGGAAGAUCCCCAGAGACUGUGAUUUCUCUCACAAGAGACUUAUAUGGAAGAGGCCGACAUUUAAGAAAGGAACAUUUUUUCAUUCCCUUACAACUUACAGAACCAAUGGCCAAGAACAGACGCACUCUAGUUGGAACAGUGAAACAGAACAAGAUGUUCCUAUCCACGGGUAGCUAUCAAAAGUAAGCUCUGCCCCUCAACUAAUAAGUACAAUAGUAUUGUUCCUCAAUACAAUACACAAGCGUCCAGAUAUAGAUAUUUAAACUAAAUGCAAGAAACCAGAAAUCAUUCUCUAUAGCAAAAAAAUCAAAGGAAGCAUAUUUGCCAUGAACCAAAGUGGGAAGGUGUUCUGUCUGAAUACAAAAAACCAGAAGUAAAAGAUGGCCUUUACUUGUGUUUUUCAACAUUGUUUAUUUGGCAUCUAUUGCAGCAAAGCGUGGAAUUAAAUAUGAAUAUCCGGCUAACUCACUGUCUCAUGACGUUAACAGAAUUUGAAAAAGACAGACAGUUUUCAAGGUUAAACUUUGUGUCACCCCUCCGCAAGUAGAGACGAUCCGUAAAGACACACCGAUAUAUUCUACAGAAGAACAUACCAAGUAUUCUGAAAGCUUUCCAAAUUUUACAAACACUUUAACAGCUGCCCAAAACACUUCUACUCAGCAAGUUAAUUAGAGAUAUUUUCAUGUAAACAUUCUUUAUAUGUAAAAACUGAGCAAGCUUUACUGCAAAGCCCCUAUUUUUCAUGUGUACAUACACAUGUUCUGCUUUGAAAUGGUUGGUCAAGUUGAAUACAUGUUAUUAUUGUAGGUACCCAAAUGCAUUCAUAUUUUUUAUUUAUUGUCAAAAUUAAACAUCAAAAUUAUGGAUUACAAAGACACAAUAAAAAAACAAAUACCAAAGAAAAAGGCUCACAAGCGCGUUGAUAGUUUUUUUCCUUCUAUUACUUGAUGCAAGGGUAUGUUACACCCAGUUGCUAGGGACUGCAGAAAAAAAGAUCAAUCAGGCCCAAAAAAUAUAUUAUGCUUUAUACAACUGCAUCCAGCAAGGUUUUCAUUGCAACUACCUUGUGGUUUAGGUCGAUUAUUAGAAAGAUUAUUAAACGGAGAAAUCAGCGACCAAGGACUUUCUCAUGUGAAAUUCACCAACUAGUGGUGGAAAGAGUUAUGAAUAACAUAAAUUAUAUUAUUAUAUCUAUCACAUAAAAAAUCCUCAGUGCAUUUCUCUAUGUUAAAUAAUCUUAAUCCAAAAAUAUUCCCAAAAUUAGUUCAUUAGGCACAAACAAUUAGUGUAAAUGAAGUUCAGCUUUAAUAAUGAUCAUACAGAAUGCAAUUAAAAAAAAAAAAAAAACUUUUCGCAAAAUGCCUUCUUCAUUAAAAAAUAUAAUUUAACAUAAUUUUAAAUUAAAUUUACAUAAAAUAUGAAUAAUAACAAAAAUAUAGAAUUAAUACAAAAAUAUUCCCAAAAUUAGUUCAUUAGGCAAAAAAAAUUAGUGUAAAUGAAGUUCAGCUUUAAAAAUGAUCAAACAAAAUGCAAUUAAAAAAAAAAAAAAAAACUUUUCGCAAAAUGCCUUCUUCAUUAAAAAAUAUAAUUUCACAUAAUUUUAAAUUAAAUUUACAUAAUAUAUGUAUUAUACCAAAAAUUUAGAAGCAAGAAUACGAGUGGUCGCCAGUUCCUGAAAAUGUUCAGAAGAUUGGAAGGACAGUGAGCAGAAAUAAAAUUAAAAAAAAAAAAAAUAAUAAAAUGGAAAAAGACAUGGCAGCAAUGUAAAAUUGUGUAUUUGGUGUAUAACUUACAGAAUGAACGUUCAAAAUUUGUUAUGAAUUUAUUAAGAUAUUUUCAUGAAAUACAUUUCCAUUAAGUUCAAUUCUGUUUAAAUUAUUUUCCAGUUGUGUACUGUCAGUUUGCUUACUUGUGUAACACCAAAUCCUCAACCCUGCUACUGUGCUGUACAAAGAGGAAGUGUAUAUGAAAUAGUGGCUAACAGACCAGCAGAUAUCUCUUACAGUAAUGCUAUGAUCAGGAUUUAUUGGGAGAGUGUUUCUGGUGCUAGUGUUUUUAGCAACGAACUCAAAGUACCUACAAUAUAUGGUGAAUAUUAAUUAAUUCUUACUUCAUUUUUAGUAGGAUGUUAAUUUUUACAGACCCUAGUUCACCAAAUCAUUUGAUUUUUUUUUUAAAGUUCUUAUUUACAUCACACAUUUUUCAGUACCUUAAAAAACUGUUAAAUGUUGAGUGAAUUUUAGUAUUUAUAUUUAUCAUAAAUACUUGAACACAAUCUUACCGUUGGCUCUCAAACCUGGAUAGCCAAAAAUCAUUUAAACAGAACAUUACACAUCUACAUGUGUUCUCUUUUAUUAGGUGACAUUCUUUAAUUUUAAACGUGUUUUUAUUUGGGAAACAUUUUCUUGUUUAUAUUGUAAUAUGAUUAUAUUUGAAAGAAUUGUAAAAAUAUGUUUUCCAGUUUGUAUGAGUAAUACAAUUUAGGAAGGAGAUUUAUUUUAUUUUUUUUUAAAUUUAAAUCUAUUAAUUGUUUUGUGUUAUACGUUUAUACAAUUUUGAUUUAUUUUGCAACCAUUUUUAGAUAAUUUGUAUAUAAAAAAGUGUAAUUUUUUUUAAAAUAUUUGUGCUAAAGCGAGUUUUUUAGCUUCAAUUUUUAGUUGUAGGUUAACACGCGUUUAACUUUCACAAGAAUAUCGUCAAACUUAAAUUGUCAUGCUUUCCGUGGCAAUGUGUUCUUUAUUAUUUGUGAAAGGUAGAAAUGUAUAAUUUAUAAAUAAGAAACAAAUCGAAGAAUAGUUUUUUUAUAUCCUUCACUUAAUUAUUUAUAUUUGUUAAAUACACAAAGCUAAAAAAAAAUAAAAAAUAUUAUUUUGCCAGACAUGAAUGAUGUGACUACCAGUUUGACACUAAACGAUGCUCCCAUGGCCUGUCCAGCUACAGUAUCACUUGGAUCAGUUAUUAAGUUCCAAUGUCAACAUGCUCCAAGCCCUUGUGACGUAAAAAUUUUUGUAGAUGGCAGACAGGUAGUAAAAGGCGAACACACGGCUACAUACACAGUGUCUACAAAUAUUACAAUAGGGAUGCUUUACAGUUUUACAUUUACUUAUUCAGUUUGCGGAGGAUCUUUUAAUACCACCGCAUGCUUCGUUACGAGAGGAACAGUUAUUGGAUGAUUUAAAAAAAAUAUAUAUAUACAAAAACAAUACAUAUAUUUAAAGUAUCGCUAAUUCCCAAUGCAAUUGUUUAAAAUUCAAAUUCUUAGAAAAGUGGAAAAUUUGAUAGCAAGAAUAGCCUUAAUUUCUAAUAAAUGCUGAUAAAUCAAUAUUUAAAAGAGAAACCCCUCUUGACGAUAGACUUUUGUUUAUCUUUUUUUAAAGGAAAAAUCAACAAUUUUUUUUGUACACAAUUUUGUUUGCUCUUUAAAUUGAUUUAUUUUCAAAAAUGUCAAACAAACUUUUAAGGCAUGGUAUUGAUUUCUAUUAAUAAAAAGUUAAUAUAUCUCUUUUAAUUAAAAUAUAAAUAUUUAAUUAUAUAUUAAUAUAUUCUUUAUAGCCCAACAUACCUACUCUUAAAAGAUAUAUGCACACCAUUGUUUAAAAGAUCCUGCUUUUGUUUGCCAUAUUAGUAAAAGUAUUACUCGACUGUUUAGUUUUGUCUUUUUGGAUAGUGAUACAAUUUAUAGUUAGGUUAUAUGUUUACAUUAACUAUUUGUAGUUGUUUCAUUUAGUAUAGCUCUUGUAUUUCAUUUGAGUUGCAGUUAUCUGCUUUUGUAAUUAAAUCAAACAGAAAUGUUUAUAAUAAAAGGGACGAAACAUAUUUUAAAACCUAUUUGAUUGCAAUUAUCACAGAUCAAUUAACAACUUAAUCAUUUAAUAUUUUAGCUUAAAAUGAAACACCUUAUUUUUAUUUUCCUAUAAAAGUUUCAUAGAAAUUUACAAUUCGUAAGUAAAAAUAAUUGCUUUUUUUGUGAACACUUCUCGUAUUCUUUGCAUUGAUUUUAUGGUAUAUUUAUUUUUAAUUUUCAAUUUAAAAAAAAUAUACAUUACAGACAUAGGGAGACAUUUAAAAAAAAAAAAAAAAAUUAUUCAUUAAUAUCAAUUAUUCAAAACCAUUCCUUUAAUUCUAUUUUUAGAACCAAUUAUGUUUUUUUUCCCACCUAAAGAUGGGCAGAGAACCCAUAUCAAGUGACUUGUAUUAAACGUUGUAGUAUACAAACCUCAAACAACGGCAACACUUCCAUGCUCUGCUAAUAAGGGAACUAUUAAUGGGAUAGACAUACCUAUUGCAUCACGUAAACCUGUAAAAUAUAUCAACGACUUCAAUAAUCAUUUAGGCCAUAAAAUAAGUUCUGGAACCAGAGUGCAUUUACAUAAGUCAGGGUCCAUAUUGUUCUCUCGCCUGUUAAAAAUGACUUAAUUGAUCAAUGAUCCGUCUGCAUUUGAGUCACCAUAUUCUUCUGCUGAUGUUUCAGUUUCCACUAUGAAUUUGACCUUCUGGGCAUGCUAACUAAAUUUGCCAAUUCAAUUAAAGUGGUGUACACAAAAUUGGUGCGUUAGAUUUACACUGAAAUUUUUCUAUCCCCAUUAUCUGUACUUUGCUACAUACCAGCUUUGACAAGGACUAAAGUCUAUACGUGCUCACCGGUAUUCUGAUGUAAGUGUCAAAUCUGAAAUGGCACUCAUUAAUAAUAACCCUGAAGAGAUGUGAAGGCAGAAUUGUUCUCAUGCUGAUGUCUGAGCUCAAGAAACAAAAAAAUGUACAUUGAUACAUUUGCAGGCGAUAUAUAUUUGAGAAAUUUUGAAGGAAGAAUAUAUUGAAAAAUUAGCUUUCACAUAAUACUUUUGUUUUCCAUACCAUAAAUUAGAUUUUAAC